UUUUAUUGAAUGAUGAUGACUUUUGUAGCAAAACUGGGUAAGAAGCAUCCCGACCCAGUUGUGGAGACAGCUUCCCUGUCAAGUGUGGAGCCGACUGAUGUCUGGUACAAGGUGUCACUGCCUGAUGAAACCAUCAACUCAGGGUCGCUGUCUGCCCUGCAGUUGGAAGCUAUCACUUAUGCUUCCCAACAGCAUGAACACUUCUUGCCAGAUGGCACCCGCGCUGGAUUUCUCAUUGGUGACGGAGCUGGUGUUGGAAAAGGUCGAACCAUUGCUGGUAUAAUUUUUGAAAACUAUCUGAAGGGACGCAAGAAAGCAAUUUGGGUCUCUGUGUCAAAUGACUUGAAAUAUGAUUCCGAACGUGAUCUCAAAGAUAUUGGUGCUAAUAAAAUUGAUGUCUACUCUCUAAAUAAGUUUAAAUAUGCGAAAAUCUCUUCAGCUGUGAAUGGACAUGUGAAGAAAGGUGUUAUAUUCUCGACAUACUCUGCUCUGAUUGGUGAAUCAACACAGUCGGGAGGCAAAUACAAAACCAGGUUGAAACAGCUGCUUCAAUGGUGCGGUGAUGAUUUCGAUGGACUCAUUGUUUUUGAUGAGUGUCAUCGUGCUAAAAAUCUCUGCCCAGUUGGCUCCUCGAAGCCAACAAAGACUGGUCUGACCGUUUUGGAACUACAGAAUAAAUUGCCGAAAUCGCGAGUGGUGUAUGCAUCAGCUACUGGUGCAUCUGAAGCUUCACACACAAAAUAUAUGAUAAGAGAACGGCUUGACCUUGAACCAUUGACAUUCACAAAUAAGAUGUUUUCAAUUUUCAGCGGGGUUGGUGCUAUGGAAAUCGUGGCAAUGGACAUGAAGCUUCGAGGAAUGUACAUCGCCCGUCAGCUCAGUUUCCACGGAGUUGCAUUCAAAGUCGAAGAAGUUCCUUUAUCAAACGACUUCGUCAAAAUAUACGACGACUCUGUGAAACUGUGGGUUGAAGCUAUGCAGAAGUUCCAAGAGGCGGCGGAGCUUAUUGAUGCCGAAAAUCGCAUGAAGAAAACUAUGUGGGGGCAAUUCUGGUCUUCUCAUCAGAGAUUCUUCAAGUACCUGUGUAUCGCAGCCAAAGUCAAACAUGCUGUACAAAUAGCUAGGGAAGCUGUGAAAUGCGGAAAAUGCGUUGUCAUCGGUUUGCAGUCUACUGGUGAAGCAAGAACCCUAGAGCAACUUGAAAGAGAUGAUGGCGAACUGUCAGACUUCGUCUCUACCGCAAAAGGAGUGCUGCAAACCCUCGUUGAGAAGCACUUCCCUGCACCAGAUCGUAGUCGAAUUCAGCGACUUUUGGGCCUGGAAAUCCCGAAAAAGUCCAUUUCCAACGGAGACGCUGAAGCUAGCGGAAGCUCUACUGGAAAAAGGAAGCAAGUACGUCAAGCUGCGGCUAGAGCUGUAAAAAGAGUAAGAAAAGAUUCAUCUGAAUCUGAUAUGGAAAAUGGAUUCAGCUCCGGCUCAGAAUUCAAGCUGUCGGGAGGAAGCUCCCCCGAGUCGGAAGUUCAUUCCGAUGACAGCAGAGCCAGCAGCGAUUUCAAUCCUUUCGAUGACGGCAGCGAUAGUGAUGAUCCAUGGGUGAGUAGGAAGAAGAAGGGUCGCAAGAAGGUGCCGACUAAGAAGAGGCAGACCACCCAGGACAAAAUCGACUCCAUCCUGUUCAGACACCGUGGCAAGGGAGAGCCCCAGAAGGGUGUGGCUGCCCCUCCUCCCCGCGAUGCUAUCGAGGGCGCAUGCUCCAUGAAGGAGCAGCUUCUGUCUCAGAUUGAGUCGCUCGGCGACAAACUACCGCCCAACACUUUGGAUCAACUCAUUGAUGAAUUGGGAGGCCCAGAAAAUGUUGCUGAGAUGACUGGGCGCAAAGGCAGAGUUGUUCAAACAGAAGAUGGAGGGAUUCAAUACGAAUCUCGCUCAGAAGUUGAUGUCCCUCUGGAAACCUUGAACAUAACAGAAAAACAAAGGUUCAUGGAUGGAGAGAAAGACGUCGCGAUCAUAUCUGAAGCGGCCAGCUCUGGUAUUUCUCUGCAGAGCGACCGAAGAGCUAGAAAUCAAAGGAGAAGGGUCCACAUAACUCUUGAGCUGCCCUGGAGUGCUGACAGAGCCAUUCAACAGUUUGGUCGAACUCACAGAAGUAACCAAGUGAAUGCUCCUGAAUAUAUUUUCUUGAUUUCUGAUCUUGCUGGAGAGAGGAGAUUCGCUUCAAUUGUUGCUAAGAGAUUGGAGAGUCUGGGAGCUUUGACGCAUGGUGACAGAAGAGCUACAGAAACCAGAGAUUUGUCCAGGUUCAACAUUGAUAACAAGUACGGAAGAGCUGCUCUUGAAGCCACAAUGAAAACCAUCAUGGGAUAUGAAGCUCCUUUGGUCCCUCCUCCCAGAGAUUAUAAAGGAGAUUUCUUCAAGGAUGUUGCCAAUGCUUUGGUGGGAGUCGGUCUGAUCAUCAACAGUGAUUCGAUGCCAGGAGUUCUGAUGCUCGAUAAAGAUUACAACAACAUGAGCAAAUUCCUGAAUCGUAUCCUGGGAAUGCCAGUCGAGUUGCAGAAUCGACUAUUCAAAUACUUCACUGACACCUUACAGGCCAUCAUUAUGCAAGCGAAGAAGUCUGGUCGCUUUGAUCUUGGAAUAUUGGAUUUGGGAACAACUGGCGAGAAUGUGAAGAGGGUGAAGCUGUAUACCUUCCUGAGAAAGCAUUCAACUGGAUCUGCUACCACCGAACUACAUAUUGUGCAUGUUGAGAGGGGAAUGAGCUGGGAAGAAGCUAUGGAAUCCUGGUCCGAUCUCACUGGAGAAAAAGAAGGCUUCUACCUUUCGCAUCAGAUAAGGAACGGUAAGCAGACAGCUAUCCUAGCUGUGGCCAGUAUGGAUAAUGCUAAUAAGAGUGGCAAGAAGGGUGGCGAUGGCAUCAAAAAAGAUACGCUUUUCACUGUCUACCGGCCUAAUACUGGACUACAGCUGCGACAGGAGACUCUUGGUGAGCUGGAAAAGAAAUACAAGAGUGUCUCAUCGGAGGAUGCUGAAAGUCAUUGGCGACAGCAGUAUACUUCUUCUGAGACUACCUGCUCACAUGCUUAUUGGCGAGGCAAUUGCAAAAAUGUUUCACUGGGCCUGGAUUGUGAAGUUGGACUGAGAAGGCGCACCUACAAUGUUCUCUCUGGCUCAGUUCUCAGUGUGUGGGCAAGAGUUGAGAAUGUGCUUGCGCAGAAAACCGGUCACAAUUCAAAGAUGCAAGUGGUUCGCCUCAGGACAGGAGCCGGUAUAAAGAUUGUUGGUACUCUCAUUCCUAAAACAUGUGUUGAGUUGCUGAGGGAGGCUCUUGCUAGUGAUGCUGAAAAAACAAACGAAGAGUCAUUUACUGAGUAAUUGAGGUAUCCAGUUUAUCAGUCAUUGGAUUUCUUGACCUCAUACGUUAUUCCUUUCUACCGCUUCUUCUUUUUUAUAAUCUAUUUUUUAUGUGUUAAUACUUAUAACAAAUUGCUUUAUAUGUUUUCAAAUCUCCCAAAUUAUCAUCGAAGAUCAGAUCAAUUAUGUUAGUGAAAUUUGAAUAAUAUUUUGUUAGCACGGUGUUGCGAUUCUUCAAUUCCGAAUCACUGAAAACUUGUAAACAAGUCUGCAAACUGCAGCUAUCUUUAUAUUCAAUAUUUUUCCAUUUUACAUUGAAUUGCUGCCAUGCCCAGAUUAAUAAAUCCAUUUUCUUGGUGUUCCCUUCAAAUAGGAAAUUAGUGUGUUAUGUUCACUCAAUGUACAUAUCGCACUAUGUAAACCUAAUUAGUCCUUUUGACAAAAAUUUAGUGAUGAUUCUAGAGAAUAUUCAUACCUAUCUAUAUCAUUUUAUAUAUAUAUAGUGUUUAUCAUUGUAUGGACAGUACUCCACUAUAAUUUUACUUGGAAGAUGCCCUGAAUAAUGGUUAUUUUCUAGUAGUUAUUCAUUGUAUGUGUAGUUUAAUAUUCACUAUUGUGACUUAUGUUUUGCGAUCCAAUCCUUAAGAAACACAAAUAAUUCUGGAUAUAUCUUAUUGGUUUUCAAAAAGUGUUCUUUUGUGAAUUGAUAUAUAGCACCAAAGUUACUAUGUUCAAAGUACUCUUGCAGAUGUAUUAAUUGCAAGGACAUAAAAUUACUGGCAUACUCUUAAGUACGCGACUAGUUUAUGUUAGCCGCGUCUGUUGGUUAUAAGAUGUUAUUAUCGUCUUGAUACUUUUCAAUCAUUUCGAAAAAGUGUUCCUGCAAUUUUGUUAAUUUUCAUGGAAGAAAGUGUAUUAUUAUUUACUUUCAACGUAUACUGUAGAAUAAGAAAGAAUUAUCAUUGCUUUUUUCUCUUAAUGAGUAAAUUUUAAAAUAAUUUUUAAUAGGCAAAGGUGUCCCAUAUUACUAAAAGUAUACAAUUCAGGCGUGUAUUUAUUAUAAGUAUCAUCCGCUCUUGAAUUAUUGUUCCUCAAUCUAUGAAAAUAUGCGUUAAUACUUGGAAUAAACACCAAAUUUUGAAUCACGCUUCCUUGGGUCUUGCUUGUAUUUGUUUAUUAUGAUAAAAAUAACUAUUUUGUUCAAUAUUACAAUUUCACGUUGAUUAAAUUCAUUUUUAUCUUGUAUCACCAUAAGAUCAAUACGAAAACACCAGAAUUUCAUCAACUUGAAAACUUUCUCAUUGUUAAUUUUCGGCACUUGAGUAGUUAAAUUACAUUUAUAAAGCAGUAUUCGCAUCAAGAUACAAUUUCGAUAGAAGACUGAUCAUUGGGUUUGAUUUUUAUAUGGGACACCACUUAAUGUAGCCUUUCAAAUGAAACUGUUUUGAAGUGUAUCAUCGUUCUUCAAAACUUAUUCAUAAAUAAUUAUCCAUUUAUAAUAGAUUUUAAAGAUUUAUUAGAAGUUUAUGAUUUAUAAGGUCGUUUUCGACGAAAUGUUCAUGUAGAACUGCAGAAGUGCAUAAUCGUUCUCCAAAACCAAUCCGUAAAAAUGAUAAUCGAGUAUAUCUCAAAUUUCUUUUUUUGUAUUCAUUAUCAUAGUUUUUUAUAUUAUGUAUAUUAAGAUGUAGCGAAAGUUUUUGUUUAUAGUUUAGAAAGUAGGUUUACUAAAUGUUCAUGCACACACCACUGCAAAUGGUGAUUUCUAUUACUGUAAUGUUUCUGAUUCUUCAAAACCAAUUCGAAAGAGGAGCUUCAACUAAAUUUACUACAACGUUUCAUUACUGAAUUUAGACAAGCAUAGAUUGGAAGUGAGUGUUGGAUUGAGUGAUGAAUAAGGCCGCCGUAAAAUUUAACAUGCAAAGCGGCACCCUAAGCUAUAGGUUCAGGCUAAUGUAGUAUACUUCAUAUUGUUUAUUCUAUCCCACAAUAUUAACAAACUUAUAUCGAGAUUGAGAUGAUGUAUUCAUUCAUAUUAUGGUGUGAGAGUAUCAGUUAUUAUAGAUCUACACUCUAUCUUGAUAACAGCUUAUAAAAAAGGUUGAAAAUUACAAUUUUUGUAAUAUUUGGAAUGCUGGGUGAAAAACAUAACAUGCUAUAUGAAGUGGCUGAUCUUUUAUGGGGUUUCUUUGUGAAUUUGUUGGGUUAAGGAGCACUUACAAUUAUUAUUUUAUCGUUCAAAUUUUAACUAUUUAAACAUUUAAAAAAAAAUUAUCGUCCACGUUUUAAUUAUUUUCAUGGUUUUUGAAAUGCACAAACAAAUUUUUACUGAUUUUAAUAUGUUUGUUUUUGGAUGUCAAACAUUGAAUUUAUUAUCAAUUGACGAUUGUAAUGUAUUGUUUUCAAUCUUGUGUAUAUAAGUUUACUAUCGUGAUCAUGUGGAUGCACAAUUCAACUCUACUCAUUUAUUCCAUUUUUUUGUGUAUUUCCUAUGAAAAUUCAUUCAAGUUUUGGAAAUAACGUAAAUAAUGAAAGGGAAAUAACGUGAUUGUACCAAAUUUGAUUUGAUGAUAAUCUGAUAAGCAUAGGUGUGAAUGUGUGAAUUGAAGUGUGGAAUAUGUGUGUGAAUAUCAGGUGUUGAGAAUUACUCGUUUAUUCUUGCUUUCUCUAUCGUAAUAUAUGUCUUGCAAGGCACCAGUUUUUUCUAGCUUUUUACCUUCAAAACCCCUUUUUAAUGAUUUUAUUUCAAUUUUAAUAAUUUUAUUUCAAUUUUAAUAAUUUUAUUUUAAUUUCAAUAAUUUUAUUCUAAUUUCAAUAAUAAUUUUAUUUUAAUUUUAAAAUUAAAAUAAUUUUAACAGUUUUAAACCAGUUUCAAUAGUCCAAUUUCUCUAAAAAUACAAUCAAUUAUUUAUUUAUUUUCUGUGGAUAAAAUCACAAAUCAUAUAAUAUGAUCGGGAAAGAACAACAUGUUUAAACAUCCCUCUGAUGAUAAUUCCAAUCAAUGUUAUUUCAACUUCUGUAAUAUUUGAUAUGACAGUUCAUUUCUUGAGUGGGAUGUCAAUGCAAUAUCAAAGAAAAAAAAUUGCGUGAUUUAAAUAUGUUUUACGUUAUUGAUUAUAUUGCUUAUGCUAUACCCUCAAUGAUUAUUUUAACUUUUUACUGUUUUAAUUUGUGUUUUGUGAUUGCAUGUUUGUUUGUGUGUGAGAGAGAGAGAGAGAGAGAGAGUGAGCUUCUACAUAAUUAUAUACUAGUACACAAAUACAAUGCGUAUUAUAGAUAAUGCAUUAUUAUAAUAAUGCGAUACUGUAACCUAGUUUUAAAUAUUUUUUGUGAGAAAAUUUGUUCCUGCAUUAAUACUUAUAAAGUAAAAUUUAUUGAUCAUUGAAAUAUUGGGAAAUUUCAUUACUGUGUUAUGAUUUACUGUCAAUUAUAUAAGUAUAAUUUCAAUACGUUUCCAUUAAAAUACAAAGAAAAACAUUCAGUUACUGGCAAAAUAUUCAGUCAGAGUGAUGUGAUAAUUCUCGUUUGAUGUUAGUCAAUAAAGAACCAUGUAUCGAUGAUUUUCAAACUA